UCUUUUCUGACUCAGAUAAUACUUUUCUUAAGUCACCUGAUGCUUGGCCAAUCGCCUCUAGUGGGUGUGAGCCACUCUCGGAGGCAAGCAAGCAAGCAACCAAGCAAACUGCCAAGGGCCGCCAUUUCCGGACGUUCCAUCGUAUCGCUGCCGUCUUCAGGGCCGAAAGGAAGGAUGUCGAUGCAAGCGGACAGCUCGCAGCAGCCCGCCGUGGUCGUGGUGGCCCGCGAGAACGAGCCGGGCCAGGGCGGCGUGUGGAACACGCAGCGUAUGCUGCUGGGCUACGUGUCCCCUUUCAUGCUCGCCCCGUUGCUCGUACUCAGGACGGAGAUUUCCAAGUGCAUCUACAUGGUGCUGCUCAUGUCCAUGAUGUGGCUCUCCAUGGUUCUACCUCAAGCGGCCACGGCCUUACUGCCACUACUGGUGAUUCCUGUGAUGGGAAUAGCACGGUCGAAGGAUGUCGCCGCCCUGUACUACAACGACGCCGUGCUGUCCCUGAUCUGCAGCGCGGCAUUCGCCGUCACCCUCGACCGGAGCCGUCUGCUCCGGCGGGUCGCUCUCAUGCUUCUGGCAAACGCCGGCCUCGUGUACCGGCCCACCACCCUGGCAACACUGGUGUGCACGUCGAGCGUGGCGCUGGCCGCCCUGGCGAGACCCACGCUCGCCGUCACCAUCAUGUCGGCCGCUGCGCGCGCGCUCGUGCUGGAGCUGCAGAGGUCGUCGGUGCUGAAGUACUCCAGGCCCUUGCUGCCGCCCAUGCCCGGAGAGGACGCCAAAGCAGAAAAGGAAGACCCAGAAAUGAGGUUGCAAAUCGCCGAUUUCUGCGUCCAGCUACGCGCUCUGCUCAUGCUGGUCUCGUUCGGUUCGCACCUGGGAUCCUUCCUGCUUCCCUCGGGCAGCGAGUCCCUGAUAGGCUUCAAUCGCAUCCUUGGCAGCCACCUGGACGCCAAGAGUGCGCCGUCAGCAUUCUUCUGGUUGGUGGCCAACGGUCCCUGCGUGCUCGUGCUUCUGGCACUGAACGUGGCUUACGUGCACUUCUUCUACCUGCGGCGCCUGCGCAUCUACACUUCGGACACCUUGCGCCAGCGCCGUGAACUGAGGGUUGUGCUUCGAGUUCAACACAGGAACGAGUCAUGGAUAUCGCCUUGGGAAGGCAUCAUGGCGUUCUUCUUUCUCGUGUUCGUGCUGAUCCUCUUUACACGAGAGCCCGUCUUCUUCCCCGGAUGGACCUCAUUCCUGAGCGUACAACGGGAUGUGGGCGACGCGACUCCAACGGCACUCGUCUUUUUCCUGCUCGCCUUUAUGCCUGUCCAGGCACUGGAGAUGGCUAGCAAGGACCGGGCCCUCCACUGGAAGUCGGUGCUACCCCACAUUCCAUGGGGACUGGGACUGGUGCUUGCGUCUGGAAACGCUAUUGCAUUCGCCGCCAAGAAGUGCGGACUCACCGAUUCUCUGCUGGAGUGGGGGCGGCGAGGUCGCAGCCCGUUCACCUACCAGACCCUGCUAACAGUCGGGGCGGCUGUCCUGGCCCAGGUGGUGCCUGGUCACAUAGACGACAUGCGCAUGCACCGGCUUCUCGAAACCGCUUACAUGGACCGCGUGCCUCCGUUGUACUACGCCUGGCCGGUGUCCACGGCUUCCUGCUUGUCCUUCGUGCUGCCCAGCGCGUCCUCCGCCAACAUCAUGGUCUACCACUAUUCCGACCUGCUGUUCACGGACAUGGUGAUCCCUUCCCUGCUAAACCUCGUCGCCAGCGUAGUGACCUGCCUGUGCUGGUACCAGGUCGUGUUUUCUGGGACGUUCAUACCAACGACGAUGCCGAAUCUGCCGCUGAACAAGACCCAUGCUAUCCUGUACAUCGACCACUGACUAGAAAGAAGAGUGGUGUCUUCUACAGGCUUAUCAACUAUAUCGUCUCGAGUUCAAUUCGAUUUAAGUAGCCUGAGAAUUACUGCACUCAAUAAAAAAUAUGUAGA